AUGCUUGUAACAAAACACGCAGCCGAGCUUUGUGCUCUCCUAGUCAGCGAUCUCUUUGGCGAGCUUCCAUCGCGAAUUCUCGCCGCCCUCUUUACCAAGGGACGAUCCAGCAUCGCGCAGCUGGCUCAGCAUACGUCUCUAGGCCCGCGACAAUUGCGAAAUGGCCUCGCCGUCCUGAUUCAACACAACCUCCUCUACCACUACACAGACCCCGACUCCAGGGUCACCAACUACGAAACAAACUCCGACGCCUGCUACAGCCUCGUCCGGUCGGGCAAGAUCCUCGAGGUCAUCGACAGCCAAUAUGGGACUGCUGAGCGCGAUCUCGUCCAGACGCUCAUGCAACUGGGUUACGCCCGGGUCGCAGACCUCACCCAUGCCUUCUCAUCGCGGGCUCCAAAGACCAAUGGGCACGCGAACGGAACACAUGAGUCGGGGUCUGGGCUGAUUGAGUCUGAGGAUCAUCUCAACGCCGUCCUGACCCGCCUCAUUCAGGCCGAGAUCGUCGAGACUGUACGGCCAGACAGUUUUCGGAAUCCGGCGGAGGUCUAUCGCGAGAUCGAGACGGAGCUCACCAAGACCGGCCCUGGAGAAAAGGCUACCAAGAGCAAAGGGGAGCAGCAAACAGCAAUCAUCGAGCGAUUUAGAACCUUUCGUGAUCAGGGCAGGAUGUUGAAGCGGCAGCUCGAUCAGUCCAAUGGCCCGGUCACCAAGAAGAGGAAGCUUCAGAACGGCGCAAGCCAUGUCGACGACCCCUUUGACGAGGUCGCCCAACUCAAUCCCAACAUUGUAGUCCGGGUCAAUCACGAAAAGUGCUUGGUACAGCUUCGCAACCAGCGACUGGCGGAGUUUGCCGCGGACACCGUCGGCGAGGCCACCGGCCAGAUAUACCGAGCCUUGUUAGAGCUGUUGACAACGCAGCUGCCGAGGUGCCAGCCGGAUUCUCUGAUUGGUGACCAGACAGGUGGCCAACAGCAAGUGACGGUCACGUCUGUCCAGAUCCUGGAACACCUCGAUGAGAGUGUCAACGUGCAAAGCGGCAUAGGCAAGGCACCCAAGGACAAGAUCGACUUCCAGAGCGCCGAGAAGAUCAAAGCUACGCCCCUUGACUAUGAGAGCGAUUCCGAAGAUGAUUCGGACGAGCGACCAGUGGCCCGCCCAAGGGUGCCAAGACCCCUUUCCAACGGCCAUGGAGGCGAUUUCGACGCAUCGGACGAUGACGAUGGAUUUCCUGCACAGAGCAGCCACCAAGCACAGCGGUCCAAUGGCGAACGGCAAACAAAGGUUAAGUUUGAGGACGACGGAACGUCCAAGGACAGUCGACUUGAUCAGAUGAGACAGCACCUGUUGCUCCUGGCGGAAGGGAAACACCGGUUUGUUCGACACUGUGGCACCCACGGUAGAGGUCAGUGGACGGUCGAUUUCGGCCAGCUCAUGGAGAGUCUCCGCGAGGCAGAGCUCGAUGCAUACAUCGAGCAGUCGUUCGGCCGCCACGGCCUGCGUCUGACACGGAUCCUGAGAGAAAAGGGGAAGCUCGACGAGAAGAUGCUGCCUUCGGCUGCGCUGAUGAAGAAAUCGGAUGUGCAGGGGAAAAUGCUGGCGAUGCAAAUGGCAGGACUCGUCGAUGUACAGGAGGUGCCAAAGGACAACAGCCGGUUGGCGAACCGAACGAUGUUCUUCUGGUUCUUCGACGGCGAGCGGACGCAGUCGCAGCUUCUGGACGAUGUCUACAAGGCCAUGCUCCGCUGUUUGCAGAAGCUCCAGGUGGAGCGGCACAGGGACAGGAACGUCUUGUCCUUUGUAGAGCGCAAGGACGUCAAGGGCAAGGAGGAAGAGGUGAUGUCGGCAGAGCACUACAACACGUACAACCGGCACUUGGAGGAGCAGGACAAGCUCAUCGCACAGGUCAUGAGGCUCGACGACAUGGUGGGAGUCUUCCGCGAUUAUUGA